AUGCGACAGGAGUGGGGGUACUGUUUGCCAUCCACCAGGCCACUCACUCUCACCGACCUGUACCCUUCUCCGUGCAUUCUAACUGAAGCAAGUUCCAACGCACACCUAGGAGCCAGUUCUGAGGCAUCUCAAAGCUCGCACCUAGACACCUUGGAUCGCGUGUUGGAAUUCGGGAAUCUCUGCUCGUGGAAGGGGAACCAGGCUCGGGAAGGAUUGGGUGAGGGUGAAGGAGAGUGGAGGAGCGGCGAAGAUAGGCCACCGGGUUUAAGGGACGAUAGGAUUGGAGGAGGCAGCCGCGUGACUGCGCGGUGUGCUGACAGCGCAGAUGACGUGGCGAUGGCAGGAAGCGAGAGCAGCUGCAGCAAGCAUCCGCACGCCCUCGCCCUCGUGGCAGCGUGCGCUCUCAGGGGGCAGCCCGCCGCCCUCUACGUCCUCCACGCCCUCCGCGCCCGCACCGCUGCACCCUCUGCUCCCGCUGCUCCCACUGGCUCGCAGAAGAGAGAUCCCACAACGGCAGCUGCAACAGCAAGAGUGGCACAGGCCGUAGCGAGGCAGGGGAUUGAAGAGGCAGUGCUGGGCGAGGUAGUGGCGGAUGGGCAUGUGUGCCGCAGACUGCACUACCUCGCUGCACGACUGCUGGCUGCUGCUCCUGCUGCUGCCGACGCAGCGUGGGCCGCGCCACGUGUGCCUGCUGACGUGGACUGCCAGUUGGCAAGUGUGCCGUGCCCGUUAGCUGCGUGCAGGAUGGUGCAGCAGGCGGCAGAUGCGGGCAGCGCAGGUGGUAACGCAUGUGGCGACGCUGCUGCCGAUGAUGUUGGGAGCGAUGGGGAGGGUUCAGACUGGGAUUCAGAAAGUGGGGAUGUGUGGAUGGGGUGGACGGGCGGGGAGAGUGACGACGACGAGAGCGAGGGCGGCGAGGAGGGGGGAGAGCGUGCAGAGAGUGCAUUGCUUAAGAGCAGCAGUCAACACCCUCUUCCCCCUCCUCAACACCCGCAUGAUCAUGCCACUCCCAGGUCUCAGCGUGGCGAGCCAAGGCUAGAGGGUGGCGCAGUGGGAGCAGGAGGGGCCGGUGCAGAGGGAGAUGACGCGGUUCUGAGGGGUUUUGGGAGGGCGCUAUUGCUGGUUCUCGCUCAGUACGAGGCCGGGGUUGCCCAGCUCGCCCGUACGUGCGUCGCCUCUCUUUCUGCCUCACCACCAACAGCAGCAAGAGAUCGUUUCAGCUCUGCACGCUCACAAGCAGCCAGUCCUGCCGGUCCUUCAGAUGCGGUGCUUCUACUGGCCAUGCAGAGCAGGCGACUGAGGGCGCAGCUGAGGCGGCUGGUGGUGCUGCUGGGGAUGGAUUCGAGAGGGAAGGAGACAGCAGGGGGUGAGGGGAAGGGGCAGCCAUGGGAGGGCGGGGCUCUGAAAGGGAAGGAAACAGCAGGGGGGAAGGUGGAGGAUGAAUGGUCGGUGGUUUACCACUGCCCUCAGAUGCUCAUGGCUGGCGCGCCAGAUCUGAGCAGCUCAGGCAUGCGAGGCAUGCCUCUCACUCCACCCCCUCCACACACGCCCCACACGCACCACAUGCACCUCACGCCCCACACUCACCACACAGACCGUGCUGUUGCUGCCAGCGGGGGCAGCAGAGCCGUUAUCCCAUCACAAAUGAUAUCCCCAUCACAGUUCGACACACCUCGUUUCCUGUCCAACCAGGCAGCAGCCGGCGAUGCGCGGAGUGCGGCAUUCUUUCUUCGUCCCUGCAAGGGUCAACUUCGCAUGCGUGUUGAUCCAGCAAAGGAAAGACAAUCAUUAGGGAAGGAACGAGAGAGGGAGCAGAUCUGCUCUGGCUGUGGCUGGUCGCAUGAGCCUUCCUGGCACGCUCCUGGUGAUGACGUGGCAGCAGCUGAUUGGCCCUGGAAGGGCAACCACCCGCCUCCUUUAUCCAAUCUGCUUGCUGUGCAAAUAUCAAGCAACGAGUCAGCACGAUUCCCCGCCCCCACCGCCCUCAGCUCCAAACUGCAGAAGGCAUGGGUGGAGUGCGGUGCCAUGCUGCGCCUCACUGACCCCCGCUCUGGCCCCGCCUUCCCCUGGACGUGGAUGGCUUGUAACGAGGGUGCUUGUAGCGGGGAUGGCUGUGGUGGGGGUGUGGUUCAUGGUGCUAGUGGCAUCUCGUGGCAUGCAGUGCUCCAGCAUGCAUCGAUCCAUGGGGGGUGUGCGGUUGAACAUGCAUGGAGGCAUGGGGAGGGUGGGGUUGAACAUGCACAAGGGAGAGGAAGCAAGGGAGUAGCGAAGGGGGGAAUUGAGGGAGCUAAAGGCGCAACGGAGAGAUCAAAGGAAGGAGGAAAGGACGGAGGAAUUAGGGGAGAUAAGGAAGGAUCAAAGGAGGGAGCAAAGGAGGGAACAAAGGAGGGAGUAAAAGAGGGAGAGAAGGAGGGAUCAGAAAAGGGGGCAGCGGCAGGCAGUGGGAGGCGAAAACAGAAAGGCGUUGAGGUUCAAAGUGGGAAGCACAGUGGGAGGCAGAGAAGUGGGCAGAGUGGGAAGCAGGGUGGGCCGGGUAGGCAACACAGUGGGAGGCCUGGUGAGAAGCAGAGUGAGGAGCCGGGUGGAAAGGCGGGUGGGCGUGGAGCGGCAGCAGGGAGGGGAGGGGGGCAUGUGACGGAUGAGGAGAGGCGGCUGGUAGGCAUGGCAGUCACAGACAUGGAUGGGAGCUUCGAUGAUGCCAUGCAUGCUCACCUGCUGCUGCCCAUCCGCGCAAGCCACGCGCUGGUGAGCAGGGCAGCAGUGCAAGUGCUGUUCACAGUGGGGCGCUACCGUGACCACUGCACCGCACUGCACCGCCUCUUCCUCUCGCCCCACUCCGCCCUGCCGUCUGCCGUCCUGCACGCCCUCCAUGCCGUGGACUGGGCCAGCCUUCGCUCGCUACCAGAGCAGCAGCACGCGCUCUCAUCCGCCCUUGACACAGCCAUCUCGCAAGCCUGCCUCUCCUCCCUCCCCUCCGCCUCCCUCUCCCGCCUCCACGCCUUCAUCUCGCCCUCCUCCCUCUCAUCCUCCGCCUUCUCCUCCAUAUCAUCACCGCCGCCUCACCCAAUGUCGCCAGGGGUGGGAGGGGGGGGAGUGGGCAGUGCGAGCAAGCAGCUGACGUGGAGCCCUCUGUCUGCCCACCGGCUGGGCGCGUUUGACUUUGUGCGGGUGGGGUACGACCCAGGCUGGCCUGCCAGCGUGGUGAUAACGCCCCCGCUGCUGCAGCAGUAUGCAGAUAUUCUCGCUGCACUGCUCAGGCUGCACCAUGUGCAGCGGGCCGUUGAAAAUCUCACCGUUCACGUCAAGACGCCUCGAAUGCCUGCCAGCGUGGUGAGAAGGCCAAACCUGGUGCAGCAGUAUGGAGACACGCUCACUGCGUUGAUCAGGCUGCUGCAGCACGUGCAGAGGGCCAUCAGCAGCCUCACCAUUCACAUCAAGGUGCACCGAGCAGCACUGCAUGGAGGGCAGGCACGCCCUUCCCGUCACUCACCGCUUCCUGUAUUUGUUCGCCCUCCUGUUCUCUUCCCCUCCUUUCCCCCCCCCAGCAUGCGUGCAGCACAGCUCGUGUCCUGCAUGCUCGCCUUCAUGAGCGCUCAGCUGCAGCGAGCAGUGCAGCAUGGCGACCAGAUACUGCUGCUGGGCACUCAGGCAGAACACAAGCCCCAUCUGGUGGGUCUGGGUCUUCCUUGGGACCUGUUCUCAUUCCAGGAGGCACAUGCACAGUUUCUGCUUUACUGCACAACCAGGUGUCUGCUAGACGCUCGCAGUGCGCCCAUGAGGGAGCGACUAGACAGCCUGCUGCAGCUGGUGCUGGACGUGCAUCGCAGCGUUGACUCUGCCCGCAUGGUGGCCCCUCUCUCAAAGUUUUUUCUCGACGACGAUGCUCCCAUCUGGGAAGAGGUGGAGGAGCAAGUGGGGGAGUUCAACGAAGCACUCAAUGACUUGCUGGAUUUUCUCUCGCGCAAGCAGGAGGUUUCUCACAAAGCUAGGCCGCAGGAUGGAGGCGACCCUAAGACAGAGCUGGAUCGCAGGUUGGAGGCGGCCCUUCGAGCUGGCGACCAUGCAGCAGCGCAGCAGGUGAACGAGGCGAUUAUGAGGAGGGAGAGCGUGCGGCGGCAGAGACAGGCAGAGUGGCAGAUGCAGCUCGCAACAAGCUUGCAGGUGGGCAGAGAGACGCAGAGUGAGUGGCACUUGCAGGUUGCAGCCAUACGGUCUGGUGUUCAUGCGGCUCGCCAGCAAUCUUGCGGACAACCGGCGACGUGGAGAAGUUUCCGGGAGGAAUGUGAGAAGUUUCGUGGAGAAGGUCCGCGCGUUCCCGGAGCUCGCACGCUCCAUCCAAUCUCCUGUCCCUAUUUCCCCAACCUUCUCCCUUUCUCCCCCGCCCCUCCCGCCUCAACCCCAUUCCCCCCUCCCUCCUCCUCCCGCCUUCUUCCCGCGCACCCACCGCGCCUUCCCCUCGCUCCCCGCACGCACCGCGCAUUUUCCCGAUCCCCAGGGGACGUGGUGAGUCGCGGAGUGGACCGCGCGUUCACGGAGCUGGCGGAGCUGGACCAAUCGGAGACGCCGGGGAGCGACGGGCGGCAGGUGAUCAACGUGCCCGAGCUCUACACCGGCAUUCUCAUUGUGUACGAGUCCACGGGGGCAGGACUGGGCGGGUAUACCGCCGUGACCGCCGGCAACGUGGCGGCUGCACGGGAAGGCCUAUUCGGGGAGCGCUGUUGGGCGUCUGGGAGCGCUUUGUCGCCAUGGCGGUCCGCCGCCCUUCGCGGGCAUUCGAUGCGGCGCGGGGGAGACGGUAGAGCGACGCGCGGAGUUGAAGUGACGGCCACGUGGGACGUGGUGAGUCGCGGAGUGGACCGCGCGUUUACAGAGCUUUCUGAGUUGGACGAGACGCCGGGGAGCGACGGGCGGCAGGUGAUCAACGUGCCCGAGCUCUACACGGGCAUUCUCAUUGUGUACGAUCGUCAUGUCCGUUCAAAGCAUGCUAACGUUCGAUUGACGGCCUGCUUUCUCGUUCAGGAUUACGACAUCAACCACGACGGCGUGUUGGACAGGGAGGAGUUCGGCGAACUCGUGCGACACUUCGCACGCACCGUCGUGGUGCGAGUGCUGCUCAACCUCGUCGUCAUCUUCUCGCUCGUGCCCUUGCUCGUGUCCCUCGCGAAAAAGCUCGCGCAUAAGCGCUCUUUUCUUGCUCCACCCCUGCGCUCCAUCACUCUCCAUCACGUCGGCCAAACCACCCAUGCCGCUCAAGCCACUCCAGCCGCUCAAGCCACCAUCCCUGUGACUCCCCUGGUCUUCUUCGAUGUUGUGAAUGCGCGCUCCUCUCUCCGACCCAUCCUCUUCCUCCCCUCUCCCCGAACCCUCGUCCUCUCUUCCUCCCGAGUCACCUCUGUCACCUUCUGUUUCCGCACAGUCAUGAUCCGUCUCACUUGUAACAUAGCGAAAAUCGGCGACAGCGGCCAUCUGUUCGCGCAGCAGAAGAAUCUCCUCCCCUUGCCUCUCGACCUCGGCCCUUAA